AUGAACGACGCAGAGGGCCUCGCCAUCGCGAUCGAGGAGGCCAAGAUUGGCGCCUCCGAAGGCGGUGUUCCCAUCGGAGCAGCCCUGGUUUCCGCGGAUGGUAAGCUCCUCGGCCGGGGCCACAACCGCCGUGUCCAGAUGGGCUCUGCAAUCCACCAUGGCGAGACGGACGCUCUCUUCAACUCUGGCCGUUUGCCAGGCAAGACAUACAAAGGAAGCACAAUGUAUACGACACUCUCGCCCUGCGACAUGUGCACCGGCGCCUGCCUCCUCUAUGGCAUUUCUCGCGUUGUCAUCGGCGAGAACAAGACUUUCCUCGGCGGCGAGGAGUAUCUCAAGCAACGUGGAGUGGAGGUCGUAGUCGUCGAUAACGCAGAAUGCAAGGCUCUUAUGGACAAGUUUAUCGCCGAGAAGCCUGAAGUAUGGAACGAGGAUAUUGGCGAGGAGUAA